UUUUUCAUCCGGGUGCUGAAAUGAAAACUGAUCCAGAGUAAGCUGGGCCCGCCCGCUCCCACGAGUGCCCUCCUGAAGCACUCUGGGCAACCCCGUUGACAUGUCGUCAUGGCAACGGUGCAGUCUGUUUUUCAGUCUGUUUAUUAGGGAGCUAAAAAAGACGUAACAACAGUAACAUGUAAAUUAUUUGGUAGUAUAUUGUCUGAAUUGAACUUAAAAGAAAGAAGAUGUCGGAUAUAUUGUGCAAGUGGCUGAAUCAGGAGCUCCGACUGUCAAAAGCUGUUGAGCCAAAGACCUUUUCCAAGGAUUUCUCCACUGGUUACCUGAUAGGGGAGGUUCUGCAUAAAUAUCAGUUGCAGAGCGAUUUCAGUAUGUUUAUGAAGAAAGACACCUCCAUCUCCAAACUGAAUAAUUUUACCCGCCUUGAGCCUACUCUCCAGUUAUUGGGGAUCUCCUUCGAUAUAAAUACAGUCCAGGAUCUGAUGCAGGAGAAGCAGGGUGUUGCCACACGCCUCCUUUACCAACUCUACAUCUCACUUGAAAAAAAGAAGAGAGCAGAAAUCAGUGGGACAAUGAUGGAAAUCAUGCAACCAGCUGCCAAUGCAGGCCUGCACAAAAAGGAGCAUGACAUCUACUCUGAUCGACUACAUCAGGUGGUAAAACGUGAUGCAGAGCUGAAGCUGCAGAAAAUUUCUCAGCACUAUGAGGAGAAAUGCCAGGAACUGAAUGACAGGUCUGUCAUGACCUAUCCCAUCCAGCAAAAGAGACAACUCAAAGUCCAGGAUGAGAAAAGAAUGAAGAAUAUUGAGAAGCUGCGGAUGUCCCAUCAGAAGUACAAUGGCAUCAUGCCUUAUAACCAGACCACUGUCGUCCAGGUACCCAAGCCACCACCCUACACUUCACAGCUUAACCUAAAGAAGAGACAACAGCAGCAGCAACGCAGAGAACAACAAGCACAGAUGGUCCAGACUGAAAUAGCCCAGUUUGAGACAAACAGGAAGAAGCUGGUUACUUAUGGUUUUGCUUCCUCUUCAAGUGGUCAGCCCAUCUCUACAGAGAUUCCCCAUGGUGGCAGCAGCCAGGGCUGUGAGGUCCCUGGAAAUGGAACUAAGUUGAUUUUACAGUCCAAUAGCAAAUAUUUACAGGAGGUCCAACAGAGGCUGGAGGAGAAUGCUGUAGCUCGCAAGCAGAGAGAGAAAAGACGAGCCAAAUUCCUGGUGGAGCAGCUCAAGGCCCAUGAAGCUGGAGAGGAGAAACAGCGAGAGGAACAGCUGGUGAAGCGUCUGACACGUCAGACUCGGCAGGAGCAGCGUUUGGCAGCUCUGCUCCUCCAGAUGCGUAUGCAGAAGGAGGUGAUUCGGGAGAACCGCCUGUGCAGAGAGCAGCAGUACCAGCAGCGGAGAGAGAGGGACUUCCAGGAGGCUCUGGAGAGGGAGGCGGCUUUGGCUCAGCAGGCUAAGUUGGACCGCGCUGAAGAGAUCAAAAAGGAGCUUGAAUUCUGUAACAGGAUUGCUGCUGAGCGAGCUCAAAACAGAUAUGAGAAGCACUUUAAGAGCUGCAAGGACAUUUUGGAGCAGAUAGUGGACUUGGCCACCAAGGUUGGAGAAUAUCGACUGCUCACUGCAAAUCUGAUUCCAGAGAAGCUGAUGAGGGAGUGGAAGGAAUUGCUGUUCAGAGGUCUGCCUCUCUAUGAGCCGAUACAGGGCCAGCAGCCCGGGUUUGAGUUCUCAACCCCACUAGAUCCUGUAGAGCUUAAGAAACAGGAGAUACUCAACAACCAGGACUAUGAUGAAUACACUAAUAUGGUAGGCGAAUGGGCGUGGCCAGAAGAAGCAAGGGAGACCACAUUACCCCCAAGCAACAACAACAUUCUUGGACAUGUUGUCCAGCGACUGAGGAACAUUGUUCACCCACCUGUCGUGGAACCCUCCACACCUUUAUUUUCUCACUUUACCCUCAAGGCCUGUGUCUUGGGCAAGUUUUGCUCUGGCAAAACCACCUGCCUGGCCAAGAUCGCUGAAGCCCAUGGCAUCCAUGUCUUAUCAGUUGACACACUGAUUGAGGAGGCGCUGAAUGCUUAUCAUAAUGGAGAAGAGCUGUCUACCCGGGCCAUGCAAGGAGCAGCUGCAGAGAAAGAGCUGAGUAAAGGCAACACCAUCCCUAAUGAGCUGUUAGUAGACAUUGUGGUAGAAGCUAUCAGGCAGGUUCCAGCUCAGUCAGGUUGGAUUCUGGAUGGCUUUCCAGUGGACAUCACCCAGGCCUACCUGCUAGAGAAAGCCCUGGGUGGGUCUGUAGAUGAAGGAAAUGAAUCUGAAAGCGGAAGGGAGAACCUUGCUGCUGACCCUGAUCCACCCAAACCCUUGCCGUCCCCAGAUCCUGUAUUGGACGUGGCUCUGCUGCUGGAUAUCCCUGAUGAGAGUGUGGUUGGACGUGCAUUCAGUAACACUGAUACAGAUACUGCUGCUGAUGCAACCUUCCACCCCACAGACAAAACUUUGCAUCUGGCACAGAUUUCACACAGGAUUGCAGCUUUUCAGGACACCUGGCCAAAACUUGAGAAAUGGUUUGGUGGAAAGCAAAACAUUUUUGUUCGUGUUGAUGCCAAUGUAGAUGAGGAGGAGCUUUACAAGAGGGUGGAAUCUGUCCUGCAGAAAACACAUGUGCAAACACAAGACGCUCUUGUCACUCCUGCUGUUGAUGAUGUGUUGGACAGUGGGAAAGCUCCAGACUCUUCUCCAUCAGCCACUCCUCCACCUGUCAACCAACCUCCAGCCUUCACAGAUGAGGCCCCUGACCCCACAGAAUCCUAUUCCAGCCUUAAUGAGGAAAAAGCCCAAAGUGUGAACGCACUCUCCAAAUCCAACACACACUCCCCCAGAGGGCAUUCUAGGAAGGCAUCAACUUCCUCAGUCGCCAAUGAGAACUCUCAAGGAGUCCCCAAGAACCCACCUGAAUCUGCCUCUCCCUGCUCAGGGUCCUCGGCCUGGGUUUAUGUGGAUGAACCCCUUCCUCUGGAGAUCUCAGAGUACCUGUGCCCCCACUGGGACACAGUGUGUGGUUCUUAUGUGAACAACAUAAAGACAGUGAUGCAGCAGCUGCGCUCACAAAGCACUGUUAUUACCCAUCACCUAUUCAACAUCAGAAAGGAGUUCAAGCAUUACCUGGGGCGUCCAGACUUGAGGCAGGAAUUAGUGUUUCAGUGGCAGAAGGACUUCAACAGCAUUGCCGAUGAUAUGAGAGAGGAUGAGGAUACCAAAGCAGAGCUACAUCUGAGACUCGAUGAACUGCGUGAACGUUUGUGGGACAUCAGUGACAAACGGAAAGAGCAGGACGAGCAAGAGAGGGCUUCUCUCAUGUGUGAUGGCUGGCUGGAGGACCACACAGCCGUUCUCGUCAACCUCCACUCUAUGCUCAUGCAGGUGGAGUUGAACCGUUUCCAGGAGACACUCAGUUUUCUCAGGGUCUACUAUUUGAGCAUGUACAGACAGGUGCUGCCUGAACCACCCUCCAAGUUUGUCUGUAUCCCUCUACUGGACAACCCAGAAACAAAAGAUCAGGGCGAGAGCAUUGAGCCAGCGGACACAAAUAUAUGUAGUCAGAUGGAUGACGGAGAGGAAAGGAGGAAAAAUAAAUUUGUUCCCCUCCUUCCCAGACGUCCUGACUCCUCAGGAGGGGUCUCCAAGACAAAAGACCAGGGUCAAACAGAACCUGUCAAGCCACCACAUGAGAAACUCAUCUCCGACUAUGAGGAGGCACUCAAAGCCAUCGACAAAUUGGUGUCAGCAGAAGCCCACAAGGGGGAGACAAAAGAGCACAAGGAGAAACCACAGGAGAAGGAGAAGGCCCCUGCAAGUGCAAACAAAACAACAAAAGGAAAGCAAUCAGCAAAAAAACAGAAAGGUCCACCGUCCCCACCUCCAGCUCCCACCCCUGCACCAGCUGAUGAAAAAACUUCUGAGAAGACUCAAGAACAAGAAGUCAGAAGUAAAAUACAUGAAGAAUAUAAAGCCGCACUAAAACACGAGGAGAAUGCAGCAAAGGCACGCAUUUCACUGGUGAAAGGUCAUGGUCUGGUGAUGGUGCAAACCCUGCAAAGCAGAGCAGAAGAGGCCUUUAGCAACAUGGAGAAGUGGUUAGAAGCACACUAUCUUGCAGAAAUGAAGAGUAUUGAUGAAUUAUCAGAAGUGGUUCGCCACCACAUAGAGGCUGGUGCUAAGCUGCAGUAUGAGCUGGUGUUGGAAUGUACUGAUUUCUAUCUGAAUGGAGACUGCCACAUGGUGGCUAGCCAGCCUCCUCCUCCCCAUCCACCUCCUCUGGAGAAACCCACAGAGUCCACCCCGACCAUUACUCAGCUGGAGUCACUCCACCAACAGCUGUACAAUGUUGCUCCAUCAGGCCUCAUGUCCAGCUUUGAUUUCUUCAGUUUGCUCAGGGAUAUCACCUCUGUUAGCAUGGGCAGAAACACCUUGCCUGAGCCCUGGUUCAACAAGAAUGAAACACAGUUGAUGGAGAUCGUGUCUCUGCUAUCGGAUGACCACGAGCUCAUAGACUGGCGUCGGUUUCUGCUCAGUGCUGCCCUCCCUUGGCCGUUUCCCUCCUUGACACAGCUGCUGGCUGUGCUACAAUGUUUUAAAGCAGUUGAUACCUGCGACACAGGCCAUAUAAACUGGGAACAGUACCUACAGACAGAGUUGUGGUUUCCGAGUGAGAGUGUCCUGCCCGUCCCUGUGGACCCCUCUGAGCCUCUACCUUAUGACCGUCUGACUAACCUUCGCAAGUUCUUUUUCCAGUUGUUUGCGGACCACUCUUUCUCCCCCCCCCAACUGCACUAUGUAUCCAUGCUGCAGUAUUUUGCAGCCGACCCUAACCCCAGACAGGGCUUCAUCAGAGCACUUAGUGUAGUGCUGGGACAAAAUCUUAAGCACCCCUCAUCAGGCCAUCUUGUCAAGUCUAUGCCCAGUAUAGAAGAGGCUGCAGAGCUCAGCUCCACAGAACUUGAUGGAGAGUGCAAGGAAGAGGAGACUCUGUGUGCAUCAAGCAGUUCAUUGGCGGAGCAGGGAGUGUCCAUUCCUGCUCUCCUUGCUGUCAUCUGCCACAAAAUCACCAAGAUGAAAGACAGAAGCCCCCUUCCUCCAGGCUGCCUGAGUCAGGAGGAGCACACUCAGUACCUGGUGCAUGUAUUCAAAGAGCUGGGCUACAAGCCUGAGAACUGUGUCCCUUUCUCCAUCCUGUCUGAGCAUCCUUCCAUCCAGGGCCUGAUGGAGACCUCAACACACUACCAGCUUGUAAACAUUCAUAAAGUGCUGCUGGCUCAUCAGGAUCAAGCAGACGCUAACAGCUCGACAGUUUCCUAAAGGAUGAGACAUAUACUUUAGAUACGCUGCUGUCUGCAUCAAGAAGAACUCUUUCACUUAGGAAAUGCAAACAAUGAUGCUUUGGACAUUUUUAAGUAUUCUCAUUAUUUUUUACAUUUGAAAUGUUUGCUGUUGGCCAUAUUGCUUACUUCAGUAUUGAAUAAAUGCAUUUG